AUGUCAGGAAAUUCUUCAGUUUACUUCAUAUUAUGGAUACUAUUACAAGUAUUAGUUAAAGUAAAUUGUCAAAUGACGCCCUUUAAACCAAGUGUAUAUAGUCGUCAUACUGCUACACUUAUUGAUAAUAAAUUGUAUAUUUUGGGUGGACUGGGUUUAAACAACAAUGGACUAAAAGAAUUUUUUUAUCUUGAUGUUUCUGUACCAUUUAGUACUCAAGAAUUAUCAUGGCAAGAUUUAUCAAAUAUUAAUAUGGUUCCACUUCAUUUUUCUGCAAUGUCAGUUAAAGGUGGUGUAAAUAAUGAUACUCUAUUUUUAUACGGAGGAUUAACAGCUGAUCAAACAAUGGCAUUGGUUUAUACAUUUGAUUCACAAAGUAUUGUAUGGAGUAUUCCAAAGAUAGCUGGAGUUAAUACAAUUAGAAAACGGAGUUUAACAGGCAUUAUUAAUAACGACGGAAGGAUGUAUUUAUGGGGUGGGUGCACAAAUACUGAUUUUGUAAAUGACAUGCUUAUUUUAGAUACAAUAAAUCUUAAUUGGAGUAAAGGAAGUAUAAUUAAUGCUCCAACUCCAAGAACUGAUUAUGGGGCCAUUUUAUUACCUAACAAUAAAAUUAUUUAUAUGGGCGGUAAUGAUGCUACUACUAGUUUUGAUACUAAUACUUUGAAUAUUGUUAAAGGAGCUGCUUUAACAUUAAGUGAGAUUUAUGUAUAUGAUAUGAUUAAUGACAAUUGGGAUACAAAAGUAGCAUUAGGAAAAAUCCCUUCUAAUAGAGGUGGUUUUUCCGCUGUUCUUGGUUUAGAUGGUAAAAGAAUCAUAAUUUUUGGAGGAUAUUUUAUAAAUCCCGGAUAUUUAGAUACUUCACUUUAUGUAUUAGAUUUAGCUAAUUAUAAUUGGUACAUUCCAAAAAUUUCUGGAAAAAUCCCAAAGCCUAGAGCUUUUCAUCAAACAAAUGUAAUUGGAAAAUAUAUGGUUGUAUCAUUUGGAGAAGGUUAUGAUAAAACAGUUGAAAGUGAUAUAUUAUUGCUUGAUAUUAGUAAUAAUGAAGAAUAUAUAUGGACAACAAUAUUUGAUCCAAAAAUGCCAUCGCCACCACCAUCAACACUACCACCAUUACCACCACCUUCGCCACCACCUUCGCCUUCAUCUUCGCCUUCACUUUCUUCUUCACCACCACCAAAUAAUUCAGGUAAUAUAGCUGGUAUAGUUGUGGGAUCUUUAUUGAGUGGUAUUUUGUUAUCAGUUGGAAGUUUCUUGAUAUAUAAAUGGAAUAAAAAUAAACAAAAAAUUAUUCAUGAAAAUGAUGAUUACAGUCAAGAGGAAAAGGAGCUUCCUAUCAUAAGGGAUAUUUAUAAUAAUGAAAAAGAUAUCAAUAAUAAUGAGCAAGAAACUAUUCAAAUUGAUCAAAUACCUAGAAAUGAAAGUACGUCUAAUUAUAAACCAAUAAUAAUUCCACCUCCAAUAAUUAAUAAGAAUAACUAUCAUAAGCAAGAAAUAAUUCUAACACCCGAAAAUGAAAAUACAACCAACCAUGAACCAAUAAUAAUUCCAGUCAAUGAUCAUCAUGGGCAAGAAAUUAUACUAGCACCCGAAAAUGAAAAUACAACCAACCAUGAACCAAUAAUAAUUCCACUCAAUGAUCAUCAUGGGCAAGAAAUUAUGCAAACGUUCCAAAAUGAAAAUACUAGUGAUCACGAACCAACAAUUCCAGCUCCUGCAAUAGUUAAUACUAAUAAUUAUAAUUAUGAGCAAGAAGUAAUUUCAACACCUAAUAAUAAUAGGAUAUCAUCACAAAUUUUUAAAGAUGAUAUUCUUCAAGCUGUUAAAAAUGAAAUUGGUCAAAACUUGAAAAAUGAACUCCUUCAAGCUGUUAAAAAUGAAAUUGGCCAAAAUUUAAAUAAUCUUAACAUCACAAGGAACAAUACAAACCAAGAUUAA